AAUCUUAAUCGCUAAGCAGUCAACGCAACUGCGUUGACGGCAUCCCAAUUAAGCAAAACCAAACGCACGCGUUUGAUCGCACCGUCACUCACCGUCCCUUUGCACCGAUAUCCGCGCCGAAGCAUCUGUAAACACCUUUCCCUAUAAAAUUAAAACCCUUUCGUCUUCUUCAUAAGCAAAUCAAAACCUAAUUCCGCCAAUCUUCGUAUAUAUCGAUUCUCUGAAAAAGUACCUACAUCAUUUUUGAUUCACCAAAAAGAAGGAAUUUCUAGCUUUUCUUGAUUAGUUUGAUCAUGGCCCAAGAAAAUUUCGACGCGCAACAACAGAUGGCUGUGGAGCAGGAACAGAGGCUCAAGUACUUGGAGUUCGUUCAAGUGGCUACGAUUCACGCUUUGGUUUGCUUUUCGAAACUCUAUUUCUACGCCAAGGAUAAAUCAGGCCCUUUGAAGCCCGGCGUUGACACCGUGGAAGGCACUGUCAAAACCGUUGUUGGACCCGUCUAUAACAAGUUACAUUAUGUCCCUAUUGAGCUUCUGAAGUUCGUCGAUCGCAAGGUUGAUGAGUCUGUGACCGAGCUGGACCGCCGUGUGCCAUUGAAAGUCAAACAAGUCUCUUCCCAAGCCUUCUCAGCAGCACACAAUGCCCCAGUGGUGGCUCGUGCCGUUGCCUCUGAGGUGAAGCGUGCUGGUGUGGUGGACGUUGCAUCAGAAUUGGCUAAAUCAGUCUACACCAAGUGUGAGCCUAAAGCUAAGGAUCUAUAUGCCAAAUACGAACCCAAAGCAGAGCAGUGUGCAGUCUCUGCUUGGCACAAGCUCAAUCAGCUUCCUCUCUUUCCCCAGGUAGCUCAAGUUGUUUUGCCAACUGCAGCUUACUGUUCUGAAAAGUACAAUGAAACUGUGAUGGACACUGCAGAGAAGGGGUACAGAGUUGCCUCCUAUCUGCCUUUGGUUCCUACAGAGAAGAUUGCUAAGGUUUUCAGCAAUGGAGGUGCUGCAUCAGAGCCUUUGCUUUCCAGCCACAAUGAAACUGAUGUUGCCGUUCAUUGAUGACUCGGUGUUGUCGUUCGGAGAUACAUGCUAUCAUUGUGAAGAAAAUACAAAACAAAUGUUGGAAUUGGAUUUGGUUGGAAUAGUUUUUGGAUUAUAUAUAUAUAUAUAUAUAUUUUUCGGUCUGUUUUUGGUUUUUUGGAAAAAUGCAGAGAUAUUGUCUUUAAAUGAGCAGCAUAUAUGUGUUUCUGUUGUCUUGCCUUA